AACCCACCCACCAUGGACGCCCUCUUCGUCAACCACCAGUACUCCGUCUCCGGCGCCCUCAAACUCUCUCCGAACCUCACCGCCUCCUCUUUCCCUUCCCAACCCCACCUCAUCAUCAUCCGCCCCAAACCCAACCCCUCCUCCAUCUCCGUCAUCCACAACCAACCCAACCAAUUCCUCCAAACCCAGAAGCCCCUCUCAGACGACGAGUCGUACGGAGAAGUCGACAAGAUAAUCGGCAGCAGAGCCACCCCCACCGGAAUGCAGUAUCUGAUCCAGUGGAAAGACGGCCACGCCCCUUCCUGGGUCUCCUCCGAUUCCAUAGCCAAAGACGUCGUCGCCGAGUACGACAGCCCCUGGUGGACCGCCGCCAAGAACGCCGACGACGCCGCUCUCCGGGAGCUUCUCGACGCCGAAGACGACCGCGACGUUGACGCCGUCGACUCCGACGGCCGCACGGCGCUCCUCUUCGUCGCCGGUUUAGGGUCCGAGGCGUGCGUGCGGCUGCUGGCGGAGGCUGGAGCCGACCUGGAUCACAAGGACAACAAUGGUGGAUUGGCGGCGUUGCACAUGGCGGCCGGGUACGUGAGGCCAGGUGUCGUGAAGCUAUUGGCGGAGCUGGGGGCGGACCCGGAGGUGGAGGACGAGAGAGGACGGAAGCCGUUGGAUUUGGCCAAGGAGAUCCUGCGGACGACGCCGAAAGGGAACCCGGUUCAGUUCGCGAGGCGGUUGGGUUUGGAGAGCGUGAUUCGGGAGCUGGAGGGGGCUGUGUUCGAGUACGCGGAGGUGCACGAGUUGCUGGAGAAGAGAGGGAAGGGGGAUGCCGUUGAGUAUUUGGUCAAAUGGAAGGACGGUGGGGAUAACGAGUGGGUCAACGCGCGGUUCAUUGGGGAGGACUUGGUGAGGGACUUUGAGGCGGGGCUGGAGUAUGCUGUGGCGGAGGGUGUGGUGGGGAAGAGAGUCGGGGACGACAGGAAGAUGGAGUACUUGGUGAAAUGGACGGAUAUUGAUGAGGCCACGUGGGAGCCGGAGGAGAAUGUCGACCCUGAUUUGAUCAAGGAGUUUGAGGACAAGGAGAGUUGUAGUAGUACUAGUACUGGGGUGCCCAAUGUGGGAUAG